AUGGCUUCCUCCAAGGAACCACCCAGUUCCCGUCCUGUCUCGGGCAGUUUUUCCAGGCACACUCCCACUGCUCGACAACAUUCUCACUCGAUUUCGCUUGCGGCUAUCAAUCCUUCCCAUCGGGUCAAUCGUCGGAAAAGUGUCAACGCGGCUGCGUCCUCGACUGCACAGGCUGCCAUUGCGGCCGCAUUGAGAGAACAAGGAGACGCGACUGCCAUGCCUCUCCAAAGCCAUAGAAGAAGUGUGGGCUCGAGAAAGACUACGGAAUCACACUCGAUGAGUUCCAGGCCCAGCAUGCACUCCUACUUCAAUGGUUCCUCUACGGCUUCCGGUCAGGACAACGACGCCGCCGUCGAAGACAAUUCCCAUGAUGAUGAAUUACCACCUCCUUCCAAAAACUUGAGCACCAAGCACCGAAACAGGAGGGCGAGUGAGGGCUCAUAUCUCAUCAAAGGGGACAAUAAAAAAACCUCUUCGGAUUUGCGGUGUGAUACUUGCGGCAAGGGAUAUAAGCAUAGCAGCUGUCUUACCAAGCAUCUGUGGGAGCAUGAUCCGGCAUGGGCCAUCACCUCCAAAUUGCUCAUCUCUAAACAUCAACAAGUCCAGCUGUUGGAGGCUGCUUCGGUCUUAUGUAACAUGACUGCGGAGAAUUUGCCGGCGGGCCAAUCUGAACCCGAGACGUCUGUGAUCGAUCCCAGCGAAGGUUCAUCUGGAUCUCCAGGGUUCUCUUCAUCUGAAAUGCAAGACGAACUUAGUUCGGUCGAGACGACUCCUCCCGUGAGCGAAGCCGCAUACCCGGUGCCGGAUUCCAAACGAUUCAGUGCCAGCAGCAAUGGUUUUUCCCGUUCCUAUCGAUCCAUUCCCUCUAGUUCGUACACUGAGAGCGUUCUCUCCCCUGGCCUACCACCUCAUCGACUUUCCGGUGUGGACUUCCGACCAAGCACCUCCGGAACCGAUGACGGUACCCUUGCCGCAGCCGCAGCUGGCCUCACGUUUAACAGCGGCACCCCUCGUACCAAACCCACCUACCUAGGCUCGGAUGUGCCACCUGUACCACCAUUGCCACAACAAUACCAGUCCUAUAAUAGCAAAUCGUCUGACAGUACAUUGACGAAUGUAUAUAACCCUUUGUUGCAGAUGCAUCCUCCUACUUUGACACAAAAUAUAUCCGAUGAGAGAAGCUACCGAGAUAGCAACGAUGACAAAGGCAUCCAUAUGGAUGACGAAGAAAUGUUCAAGAUGGAGGAAUAG